GUCAGGUCGUGUCCCUGUGAAGACGCACACAAUUCAGGAAAAACAAGUUUGGAGACAUUUCAGUUUGUCAUCCUCCCUCCUCUUAGUCUUUCUGUGUUCUUCUUUCAGGUACACAGCCUUCCAGUUACUGCAGGUGGUUUAUUUCUGCCUGUGACUUCGACAAAGAUCAUGAACUACUCUCAGCCUUUCUCGCUGCUCAACGAGAGCCUGAGACCUCGAUGCACCACCAGUGAACAGCUCUACUCCUCCCUGAACCGAAUGGAGGACAAACAGCUGGGCUCCCUCAGGAGCCGCUCCUCAUCUUACCGACCAACGGUUCUCCCAGCAGAACCAGAACCAAGAGUCUAUGUGACCUCAGCAGAGCCGGAUGAUCCUGAGGAACCCGAAGACGAGGCAGAGCAGGAGGAUUUCGUCUGUGAUGGCUUUAAAGAAGGAAACUGUGCUGAUCUGCUUUCCAUGAGCAACUCAAUCCUCAUCACUGAGAUGAACUUAAAAGGUCUCAGUGAAGAGGAGCUGGCUGACGAGGACAGUGGCUCCUCACACUCCGAGGAGAAAGACAAUCAAGGUGAACUGAACUCAGAGGAGUCAGUGUCUGUCUGCUUGGCCAGUGAAGGUGGGAAAUCUCUCCAGAGGAGCUACAUUAACGGGACUUUACCAGACCUGCUGAAGAAUGGCAGGCCGCUCAGCAGACGCAGGACACUGGGACAUGUCUCUGACACGCUUAAUGAAGUGCGCAGAGAAGUGGAGCUGUCUCGCAAACGAAGCAUCAGGCUCAAGGCCCAGGUGGACAAACUGCAGGAGAGCAGAGAUGGGCCGGGCUGGAGCCAGCACAGAGAGAGGGUCACAGAGGAGGUCCUGUCCGUUCUGCGGCUGCUGCACCCGCUGACAGAGUCCGAGUCCAGCACACCUGAACCCUCUCCCGGGGAAAACUGUCUGGACGCCGCCCUGGCCCAGCUGCAGAGUGUGGCCCGCAAACUGGCAAUUAGCAACACCAAACAGGAGUUCAAAUCUGGACAAGGCAAAGGAGCAGAGGACAUCGCUAUCCUGCAGCAGGCUCUGCGGGACAGAGAUGAGGCAAUAGAGAAGAAGAAGGCGAUGGAGGACGAGCUGCUAAGGAGCAAGACAGACAUGAUGACGCUGAACAACCAGCUGCUGGAGGCCGUACAGAAACGUCUGGAGAUGUCGCUGGAGCUCGAGGCCUGGAAGGAGGACGUUCAGCUAAUGCUCCAACAGCAGCUUAGGAUUCAGCAGGAGGCGGAGCAGGCCCAGAAGAAGCCCUCCCGCCUGGGCAUCCUGAGGAGAAACAAUCGACCGCCGGUCCAGCGGCCAUCCAAUUUCCCUUUGUCUGCUCCCGCCCCUCCCACCACCAACUCAAGCCAAAUCUUCAUCUCCAGAGCUGCGGUUUCUGCUCCCAGCACGUCUCCUUCUACCAGCACCCAACGCAACUGGAGGGACAAGUUGAAGCGGGGCAAGAGCAGUCGUCAAGGAGAAGAUGCAGUGGGGCAGGAUUCAGAGUAUAAUAGAGAUGACAGCGGCUUCCAGGUCGUAUCACUUGAUUGAAGCAGUGAUAACUUUGCACUAAGUACAUUCAAUCUGAUACUCAUCUCUCCUGUGUAACAAUUUAGUCUCCCUCCAGUCAACGAGGUAAUUGAACUUUCUGAGGAGAAACCAUGUCAAACACAAAUUAUUACAGCAAACAUGUCGUGGAUCUUUGACUCAUGUAAUUUAUAUAUAUAACUAAUUCAUAAUUAUGAAUGAGCCAUGUAUUUGUUUAAUACCGUUUACACUUAAUGCUUCACAUUUAAUCUCCUGAACAUUGUUAUUGUUGUCAUGUUGUAAAUACAUGAAAUUUAGACAUUGUGAGACACUGUCAUGUCAUCUCUGAUCCUUCAUUUUCUGCACUUUUGUUUGUUGCAUUUUCAAGAUUCAAAAGAAAAAAAAAACACUGCAGAUUUUUGCUAUUUUAUUGUAUAAUAUCAGUUUGUACAUUUUCAAUAAUAUAUAAUCCACUCCUAUAUGGGCUUGCACACAUUUAAAAUGUAUAUAUAUAUAUAUAUAUAUAUAUGUAUAUAUAUAUGCCAUUAUUUCGAAUAAGCGCCACCAAUGUGGGAACAAACUGAGACGUAUAUAGCACAGCAAAGUCACACCCGAUGACAAGAGAAAAGGCAUGCUCACAGAGAAACAAUAUACAAUCCUGAACAGAUGAUUACAGUCUCCAAACCGCUUUACAAUGUCACUGAAUAAAUUCACUUUUCUAUAUUGUUGACACAGAGCUCCCUUUUGACGUAUUUGUGUCCCACUGUAACACCAUAGAAGCUGAAACAGGACCUGCAUUCAAAUG